GUAUAACACAAAAUUCAUGUUAGUAAUUAGCACAUAAUAUUUAAUAAUCAAUAAAUAUUCAUCAUAAAUUAAAAAUAAAAAACAUUAAUACCUUAAAUCUUCAUCAUAAAUUAAAAUCAAUGGAAAAGGUGGUUAAAAAAAGGUAAAAGAAAAAAAUGAAGUACGUAGAAACUAGAAAGCAAAAAGCAGGAGGUUAAGAAAAAGAAGGCGGAUGAAGGGCACUACACAAUAAGCUAUUCAUCAUGCCUGACCGCAUCUCCAUAAAAGCUGGGCCGCAUCUCCAUAAAAGCAGGGCCUGUAGUCCACAUACGGAGGGAGCCGAGAAAGAAUACCGAUGGAAGUACAAAGAAUUACAAAAAUACCCGGAUGUACAGUACAUCCGGGUGUAUGAUAUAAUUUACGCUGGUUUUCCGGCUACUGUUAAACUUCCGCCUAGCCGCUGCCGUGCCGUUGCCGCUAGGGGUCGCCGGGGCCUAGAGGGGGUACAGUGGUGGUGGGGGAGCAUGGUUUUGCAGAUGGUUACUUUCCGGCUUGUUUUCCGACUUCCCACCGGUGCUGCUAGGGCGGAAGCCGGAACUUGGCAGGGGUGGGGGGAGGCGUUGACCGAUGACGUGGCCUCCUGAGCUUGGGAUGCGGCGCACCGAUGCUGGCCCGAAUGACAUAAGUUAUUAGGCUGACCCGGGAACCUGUACAAACCCUAGUGGACUGCUCUGUUAUUGGACUGCUGGUACUACAUGCGGCCCAUGCGGGGGACUGGAUCUUGCUCGGUGGGCUUCGGGCAGAUACGGAUAGGGGAAGCUUGCUACCCUGGAUGCUUUGACUUUGGUGGACUAUGGCGCUGGGCUUGCGGGCUUUUAUUAGCAAACGGCCCAGUAGUUUCCUUUGAGGGGUGUCUGACUUUUGUUGUUUGGAUGCUUGGGCUGGGACGUUAUUCUGGAUGCAGUGGGCAAUUGUUUGUCUGCUACCUCCUGACGUGGAUGCUACGGGCCUUGAUUGGCUUUUAUUUUGGGUCCACAUUUAUGGCAUGAGGCUUUUUGAUUUUUGUGGAUGUUAAUUUUGGACCUUUUGGGUGAUGUUUCUUGAACACUUAGCCGGGGCAUAUCCAGUGCAAGUUUGGAUUACUAAGGGAGUGUUUGCAAAAACUUAAAAAAAAAAAUACUUCUCAGUUUUUUGUUUCAAAAAACACUUAUUUACCAAAUACUACUAUUUUUUACUUUUUCUCGGCUUGCGUGUGAAAAAUGUUUUUCCCUUUUCUAUUACACAAAAAACACUUAUUUUAUCAAACACUACCAACUUUUACUUUUCAAAAUCACUUUUUUCUCA